CUAGAUAUGUAUCUCAAUAUCAUGUCUAGACACCUUCUCUACCUUACUUGAUCCAAAUAUCUCAGUCGCUUCUGCCUGUGUGCCUCAAGAUAAGGUGGAGUAGAGGUACUUCACGGUACUGAAAGAGGAAUUCAGUGUCCAAAAUCUCCUCUUUGAACAAUUGAAGGUACCUAACAAGGAAAAAAUGGGGAAAAGUCACUACUGCGCAGACACCUUCAUGAGGCAGGCAUGGGAUCCCAGAGAUCUACGGAAAAAGGAAGCUCGCGGGAGGGGCUUUCAGCUUCCCCGUCUCUCUUGUCUCGUGCAGAUUUCGGCCACCUAUUUCCUCGUCCCGGUCGCCACGGGAAGUGCCUCCUCUCAUGAGAUCUAGCCGAAAUGG